AUGUCGGACAUUGAUACAAUUGAUUUAGAUCUUGUGAUUUCAAAAUCACAAUAUGCUCUCUAUGAAUAUCAUUUUGCACAAGCUGAUCCACAUGAUCACGGCAUAGUGAGUUCAAUUGAAGCUAAUAAUUAUUUUCAACGUUCGCAUUUAAAACCAGACCAAUUAAAAGUGAUUUGGAAUUUAGCUGAUCCGUAUGGUCGUGGUUAUUUGGAUCGACGAGGAUUUUAUAUAGGACUUAAAUUAAUUGCAUUAGCACAAAAUAAUUUAGACUUUCAUGAUUACUCAUAUAUAGCAAAAGAUAUUGUACCGCCCAAUUUAGGAGGUGACAUACCACAAUCGAUUACUUUGUCUGUCGCUGAUGUUUGGACAAUAGGACCUGCAGCACGUUGUACUUUUGAUCGUGCUUUUGAAAAAUUAAGUGGUCCCAUGAGUAAAAUUCCUGGUUCAUCAGUUAAACCAAUAUUUCUUAAAUCAGGUUUAUCAGCUGAUCAAUUACAUAAAAUAUGGGAACUAAGUGAUAUUGAUGAAGAUGGUGCACUUGAUAGAAAUGAAUUUUCUGUUGCAAUGUUUCUUAUUCAUGGUUUGAAAGCUUCGACACUACGAGAAUUACCUGAACGUUUACCACAAAGUUUAAUGCCAAUACGAAUGCGUCGUGCAUCAGCAGUUGACGUUGGUGUUGCACUACCAAAUAUGAUGGCAAUUGGAAACAUAUUACCAACGCCAGUUCCAUUGCAGGUUUCGCCAUCAAAACGAACUGAUGAAAAUUGGAUUGUUAGUGCAGAAGAAAAGCAAAAAUUUGAUACUUUAUUUCAACAAAUAGAUCUUGAUAAAGAUGGUUUUAUUACAGGUGGAGAUGUUUUUCAGACAUUUCUUGCAAGUGGUUUACCAAAUUUUGUUCUAUCACAUAUAUGGAAUUUAUGUGACAUUGGUCAAACUGGAAAGCUGAAUGCAGAACAAUUUGCAUUAGCAUCAUAUUUUAUUAGUCUUAAAUUAAAAGCUCCAAAUUAUCAACUUCCAAUGGAACUCUCACACGAAAUGAUUCCACCAUCGCUUCGACCAAAAACAUUUUCAGUCAAUGAAAGUGAUAAUGCUGAAUUACAACAAUUAUUAAACGAAGUAAAUACAUUAACAAGCGAAAAAAGCUUAUGCGAAAUUCAAUUUAAUGAAAAACAACAAGCAGUUAAAGAUAAACGUGCCGAAUUAUCAUCACUUGAACUUCGUUCUGGUACAGUCAAUGCAACAUUAGUUGAACGUCAACAACGUAUGUCGGAAAAACAGAACGAAUUUAAUGAUAUACAAAAUCGAAAAGAUAAAGCUGUUAAAGAGAUCAAUGAUAUUGAACAACAAAUAAAAGAAGAAAAUCAUUUAAUAACUGUAGCGCGUGAAAAAAUCAAUGAAUUAUCUGUUCACACAGAUGCCCAACAAGAAGUACGCCAAACAUUAAAUAAAAUAAAAGAAGAAAAGAAUACUAUUGAAAGUCGUCUAAUGAAUAAACAACAACAAUUAGGACAGAUUAAACUCGAUCUUGAACGUUCUCAACAUAUUGUUCAAAGUCAACGAGCUUUAAUUGAAGAAUAUAUGAAAAGUGACCAAAAAGAUUCACCAACAGCUAUUACAGAAUUAAUUAAUAAAUUUAAACAGCUCGGUGAAACUCCUGCUAAAUCAGCACCUUCUACAAUUAGCAAAAUAGCUUUUCCUCAACAACAGCAACUACCACCACCAUCUAUGCCAAUACCAUCGGCCAGUACCUUCUCGGAUCCAUUUGGUUUACCAGCAAACACAAGUAAUACAUUUAAUGCAUUUGGUCGUACUGAUGAUCCAUUCGGUAGUAGUCGAGCUGAUGAUCCAUUCGUUUCAGCAACAUCAUCAUCAGUAAUCGCAAAUCAAAAAUUAGACGAUUCAGAUCCAUUUCGUCCUGUUGAUUUCAAUGCAGCACAUGAUCUUAUUAAAAAAUCAAUGGCUACUCGUUCGAAAACACCCGGCGCAAAUAUGUUCGGUGGUCAUGAUUUUAGUCAACCUUCUGCACCAUCGACUAAUCGACCACAAUCAGCUACACCGUGGGAGCCAACGCGUCAAGCACCUCCCCAACCCGGCACACAAGCAUUUAACGAUCUCUUUGACAUUUUUGGUUAA